UGCAGUUGCAUAGGGUUUUGCUACCGUUGGUGUGUAUUUUAUACACAUUUGACACAUUCCUGUAGGAUGCGCUUCAAAAGACCCAAGAUUUUCCGAUGCGUUGAAACAAGCCUCUUCAUUUUACUCAGAUUUCAGUGUGUUGCCAUGGCUGUGUAAAGUGUAAAACCAUAUAAUGGCAGCGGGGAACGAGUGUGCUGAGGCGACUCGGGUCCUUCUAGUAGACCCGCAGUCCCUGCCGGUUCUUUUGCAAAAUGAUUCAGAGGGGGAUACUGGCAACAUAUCUGUUGACCUCCUGCAACAAGCCUUGCAGGGCACCUCAGCCAUUGACGACGGGGAUGACGAAGAGUCGGGCGAGGAGGUUAGCCUGGAUGCACUCGCAGGCGGCAACAACGAUGUUGUGGCCAUUUAUCAAGGCGAAGAGGGACAGACGCACACAAUCAAGAUUUCUCUGGCUGAAGCCCAAUCAUUGGGACUCCAAUUUGAUACAGAUAACUACCCACUAUCAUUAAGUAAUGGCUCGCUCCUGAGUGGCGUGAAAGUUGUCAAUGAUCAACUAAGCGACAACACUGGUGGUCUAAAUAAUUCGAGCCUUUUGCAAAGUGUGGCAUGCUCUAAUGUAGCAGCAGAUGGAAGGAUCAUUGAUGAAGAAGGCAACAUUGUUCAGACAACAGAGGGUUUGCAAAUACUUCCUUCCACAUUAUCUUCAUUCCUUGACGAUGGAAUGAAUCAAUCUCUCUCCAUUAUUCCUCAGUAUGAACUAGAUGGUACAGUUACUUAUGCUGUUAAACUGAAAGAUCAGAAUGAUACUGUUUUGGGAACGGACUAUCAUAUACUCGAACCUGACUCCUCAGCUAAAACGGGCUUGGACAUUGAAGAGGAGCUUAAAAAUUCUAAUUCUGGUGCCUCAACAAUUCAGGUUCCUAUAUCUACUUUAGAAGCCUUGUCCAAACAAAUGCUGCUGCCAUCCACAAGCUCAUCAGUACCCAUUUCAAUGACACUAUCAAUUCCAACUCAAACUUCAGUGCCGUCUCAUUCAUCUGUAUCUUCAUCCACCAGCCUGGCUACACCUAAUCCUAACAGGUUCUUUCAAAUUGUUACGGGUCAUGGUUCAGUUGGACUCAAUAAUGUUAUUACUGCUGACCCUGCGACACUUAGCACCAUUGUAUCACAACCAACCCUCAGUGUUAAUCAACAGCAUGCUCAUCUAAUCAGCCAGUCUACACCGAUGAUCAAUGUUCAAAACUCUCCAGCUUUAACCAUUGUAGGUAAUAGUGGGACUAGAAGUCAACACACAUCAAGACAACACAGUCUGAAUGAUAAAUUGCAACCAAUACUGCCAUUGCCGAAGAAUCAUCAAGGCACACACUUAAAAACUGUGACAGCAUUAAAAAAGUUGCCUAUACCUGCUAAAGCUGUUGCUCCAUCUGCCAUCACUACAUCCUCAGUCAGUUCACCUGCAUUAGCAUCAGUAGCACCUCAAACCAGCCAACCAAAUUUUGGAAGUGCCUCAUCUUUAAAAACUAUGCAAUUGUCCAAUGCAAGAGUCUCAUCAUCCACUUCCAAUUCAUCAAAGCCUUUGGGCUCCAGUGAAAAUCCUAUUCAGUUAGUUCAACAAGGACAGACAUUUCACAGCAUGCAAGCACUGAGUCAGGCUCAAUUACGACAGAUUGCCACUGUUUUACAGCAAAAGCAUUUAAAUUCAAACUCUGUUACUUCAAAAAAUGUUCUUUUUGAUGAGCAAACCAAGACUCGAAUUGUGUACAGAGUUGUGUAUCCUGAGGAUGUCGAUCUUCAACAACCAACCUCUCCAACUGAAAUUACUGGAGGUUCUGUUGGGCAGCCAUUAAAAAAUGCCAGUCGCUUGAAAGGCAAGAAAGGUCGGCCAAAGAAAGGAAGACGGACAAAGCAGCUGGGGGUAGAGAAGCAUACUAAUAAAUUAAGUCAAGUUUCCAUACCUUCAGACCCCUCUAGCUCUCAGCCCGUAGGUGUCAAAAGUUGUAAUACCAGAGAAGAAAAUGGGCAACCAGAUGAAGUGCCAAAGGUUGAAAGGAAAAAGGUUUUGGGAUCCAGAACAAGGUCAGGGCGUGUUUCUCGGCCUCCAAAGCACAUGAUGAAAGAUUACAAACGUCUUCACCAUACCGACUUCCGGGAGCGAGAUGUUGAUGAUUCCGAUGGAGGCUACUCAGACUACAGCAAUCCUGACCAGACACUUGAUAAGCCCCCCCUGAAGGAGGUAGAAAUGAAUUUGUCUCCAGCAAAGAAAAGAAUUUCUCGCUUUACAUGUCCCACAUGUGAAAAAUUGUACCUUGGCCUCGGUCGAAUGGAAAAACAUUUUUUACAACACCCAGAUCAUGGUUCAUUUGAGGAAUUCAAGCAGCAUCUAGCAGCCUCAACUGCUACUGAUAUGAAUGUUGGUGAAGAGACUCUUGGUGAAAAAGAAACAAAAAGUCUCUCUACUAAAGGCCAUUCACUUAAGGGUAAGAAAAGAGCCCAAGGUUUUAGUCAAUCCGAAAAGGAACGCUCAGAACUACGUAAGAAAAGAUUGAAGCAGGCUUUACAAGCCUGUGAGGUUUCAGAAGUACUCGAAAUAGCUGGACCUCUUGUUGCUCGAUACUAUUCCUUGUGGGAUCUAUUACUGUUACGUCUUUCAUCAAGAGAAGAGUCCAACUUGGAAAAAAGUACUUGUGCCCUUGUUGAUGAUCACAAGGAUGGUUUAAAAUUAACUCAGGAUAGCUUGAACGCUCAGGGUCUACCUACUGUAGACAAGCAUGAUGAUUUCUUGAGGAAGGACUGUGAUAGUGGUCAAAAUAUUCGCUCUACUAACAAUCGAGUUCAGUGGUUACUCAUGGAACUUGCAUCUCUAGCUGAUACUUUACAAUCCGUGGCAGGAGAUCUAUUUCAGCCAGCCCUAAUGCAUGGUGAUGGUAAAAAUCAUGUGAAGAUAACCCAAAAAAAUAUAUCAGAAUUUCUUGGUGUAAGUUGUGGUCUGUAUAGUGUAAAUGAAGAACAUUUAUUUAGAAGGAUGGAAUCAGUUUCUGGUAAUUCUAAGCAAACCUCAAAUGAAGACAUGGACGUGCCUCCUGGAAAAAAAUCUCGAAAACUUGAUCCAAAUGAAUUUAAUUUGAAUCUAGCUCACGAAGCUCCUGUUUGUCCUGAAACAUUGUCUACACUAUCUCUGAUGGUGAAACCUGGCAAUGACAAAGUCAUGCUUACGGAAGAUAUGCCCUUUUUAAAUUCUAGUGAUGAUAUGAUUUGUGGUAGUGAAGAUCCUGACCUCUCAACAGAUAGUAAGCGUGACCAAGAUUGUGAUCCAGCUGCUGGUUUGCAGGUUGUUGAUGACAUUGUUAAUGAACGCUUGAAAAACCUUAGUGACAACAUGAACUUUUCAGUACCAUUGCAGGGUGAAUUAGAUACUUCAGCUAUGAAUAGUCAACAAACAGACCUUCAUUUAAUGUCAAGUUUUGGUGAUGCUGGCAAUUCCAUUUCUGUCAGUCAUUCUUCUGUGAUAUCAAAUAAUUUAGCUGAGAACAAUAAGUCAUCAGCCAGUGUAUCAAAUAUGGACUUAAUAGGUUCAUAUUCUAUGCCAUCACUCACACGCCCUACCACACAUAAUGUAAAUAUUUCAAAUUCUGAACCAUCUAACGAUUUAUCUAGUGCUCUAGAACCAGUUACUAGUCAAAGUAUGCUUGGUAACUUUGGCAUGAGUCUUUCAUCUCUCUCUUCUUUUGAUCCACUUCAAUCUCAAUCUUCAACUGUUUCUCAUUCAGAAGAUAGUUUCCUUGAAAGUUUAAGUUCAUUUGAAGCACCUCUUUCUCAGUCAUGUGAUGCUUCAAGCGCAACGGGAUCCACAUUCAAUGACAGUGUAAUGAAGUCCAAUGGUUUACUGCAUCUUGGGAAUGAAACACAAGAGCCUUCACGGUUGCCUCCAAAAUUCAUUUCAUCUUUUACACCGGCUAUCACAAAUGAAAAAUCGUCAACCACUAUAUCAACAGCUCAGAGAUUGCAGAGGACCUACUUAGAACUUGACAGUGGACUUGAUGUUGGAUUGGAUCUUGAUUUUGAAGCUUUCACUCAGGAAUUAAGCAUGAAUCAGAAUAAUAAUUCGUGAACUCAGUUUCAUGUAACUAAAGAGUUAUUUGCCACUAGCAGGCUUAAAGAUGCUGAAACUCUUUGUGAUUUUUUAAAAAAGGAAUGCGGAAUACGGAAUACUGAGGUACUGACCAUCUGUGAUCUUUCUCUUCUUUUCUUGAACUAAUAUAGAGCUCAAUUUUAUGUCAUUUCAAUCAACACAAUCGAUCAGCUGUUUAUUUUGGCUGUGCUCUAUAGUCAUUGUACUAAAAUGUCUUGUGUAAGUUUAAGAACAUUGUGUUGCUGAGACAGUUAGUUUGUGUUAUGUUGUACUAUUAUUUGUUUAGCAAUUUUAUAUGUUUAGAAUUAUUUUCCUCUGUUGAAUGCUUUGUUAGCGAUUAGUUACGGUUAUGACCAUAAUACUUAAGAAGCAAUUAGGCAGGUGUAAUGUCCUCCUGAAAUAAAUGUCAUCAUAGUUUGCUGAUCAAAUUUCUUUGCAGAAUCUUGUGACAAUAUUAUGUACAAAGCAAAUAGGUAUCCACCUCAUCUUAUGGCAUUAUAUUAAACUUAUUUUCACGUUUUUGGUUAAUUUGUUUUCAGCAAAACCUUUUUUUGAGAUUUUGGUGAGCAGUUGACUCUUAUGCUUCCAUGCAUUUGUGUUCCUUCUCAUUUUUUGUUGCCAAUCCUUAGUUUCACAUAAUAAUUGUAGAAUAUGUCAAUAGAACUACAACCAAACUUCAAGUGUAUGAUAUAUAACAUUAGUUGAACAGUUGUUAAGUUCUAAGACUGAGAAAUAGUAAUUACCUACGGUCAGUGUAGAGUAUUAUGAGACUCACUUAAAUGUAAAACUGGUGUAAUUAUUAAUUUUUUUAAUGUGAAUUUGAUCUACUUAUAGAACUCAAUAUUUUUAUACUACACUGUUUUAUUGUACAACUUGCCUGACCUUGGCAGAAAACUAAAUGUAAAUAACUGUAUUGCUCCAUUAAUUCAAAUCUUUGGUUUUACCUUGAUUUUUCUGUGAACCUCUUUGAAUAGAUGUCUACUUAUAUACUGUACUAUUGUGUAUUGGCUGCUCUGCUGCAGGAAGGCUGCUUAUGUAAGCUGUACUGUCUUGUAUGUUCCUGUAAUUGUAUGUUGCUUCAAAACUUCCGCUUUAAUGUUUUAAUACUGUGAAGAAACUUUGGUCUUAAAGCAGCAUCAUAAGAACCCAUGUAAGUAAAUUAUUUGUGGGUGGAAUAAUAAAUGUUAACAUCAUACUCAAAACUAA